GCAAUGAGCCUCUGUGUGUAAUGUCAUGUCAUUGUAUCCAUCCAUAGCCUAGCCUACUGCACUCAUAGCUCACACAAAACGGUACCUUGCCUUGCCUCUCUCCUUCUUCGAUCACCGAUGGGGCUAUUGAAUGAUUCUUAUUUUAUUUUUGCGCCCAACUUGGACAUUCUCUCGUGCGCGCUAUAUUUGUCAAGACAGGCUGUGUCAAUCAAUCCGAACUACUGUUUGUAAAAAGUAGAUAUCUGAAGAGUAUCAAUUUUAUCGCGGUGGAUUAAUCAAUGGACCUAAUAAGGCUUCGAUGGAAACUAUUGAGUCCGAUUUUGCCACUCAUGGAAAAGGACUAAUAUACUAUUUUCGGCCAUGCCAUAAUGGUUAUAAUACUGGUUUUGUUAUUGUUGAAUUUGAUGCAUCCCAGUCACCAAAAGCCUCGUUCUUCUAUGGAGGUUAGGACAUCUUCUCCACAGUGUGCGGGUGGGUAUCAGAGCUUUAACCCGAGGCAGCGCAGGGAUGCUGCGGGGCGUGGAGGAGUGUACGAGCACCUUGGGGGAGCACCGAGACACAGAAAGCUGUACUGUGCCACAAAGUAUCACUUACAAAUACAUCCCAAUGGGAAAAUAGACGGGACCCUGGAGGAGAAUAACCCUUUCAGCAUAUUGGAGAUCGCAGCAGUGGAUGUGGGAGUGGUGGUGAUUAAAGGACUGUUCUCUGGUAGAUAUCUGGCCAUGAACGAAAAAGGAGGACUAUAUGCAUCGGCUGCCUUCAACCAGGAGUGUGAGUUCAUGGAGCGGAUCCAUGAGUUAGGCUACAACACCUACGCUUCCCGCCACUACCAGACAACCACUCCCUCCACCUCAACAGGAAGCAGCAACAGGCAAAGGGCGAGCGCUGAGAGGCUGUGGUAUGUGUCAAUCAAUGGAAAGGGCCGGCCAAAGCGUGGCCUGAAGACUCGCAGGACAGAGAAGGCCUCCCUCUUCCUGCCCAGGGUCCUUGGCCACAAGGACCAUGACAUGGUUCACCUGUUGUUCAACAGUAGUCUAGGGUACAGACUUACAGGAAAGACAGGGCCAAGGAGACAGAGACAUGUUUCCAUAUCCAGGGAGUUUGAUGACUAGUCUCACUUUCCAGGCUCAUGGCACUCCACACUACGGCUGUGAAAAGAGCAUGACUACCUACCUGGUGACUGAGAGAUACCAGCACACCUUUCCCUCCUUUAAACUGGCAUAAUGAUACUGUUUGAAUGAUGUACAACCUUAUAUAGAGAAUGGAUGCAUCAUGCUGUCUUAUGA